UUCUUCUUCUUUGCUCUAUAAAUUGAGCCUAAAAUCACAUCACUUUCCUCAUUCUCAUCUUCAAGUACUCUCUUCUUCAGUAACUAUUAUCUAGCAGUGUCCUUUAAGCAUUUGCAUUAGUACACAAGAACUUUGAAAUGGGUGCGAUUAACAGGAACUUCAUUGUGUUGGGACUUCUUGUUGCUUUUGUUGUUCUCAUCUCUUCUGAGGUCUUAGCUGUUAAGGACAUUCCUCAAAACACACUGUCACAGGAGCAAGUGUUGAAGAAGACUAGUGGUGGAUCGUCGAUCAAGAAGAAAUCACUUCCUAAUGGAGGAAUCGAGUAUGAUAUUGAGCAUGCAGGGAAUGAAGUUGAGGUUGAGCUAAACAAAACUGGAGCUGAAGUUGAGGUUGAGUUUGCCGGGAAAGAGGUCGAGGUUGAGCUUAACAAAAAUGCAGCUAAGUUUGAGGUUGAGAUCGCCGGGAAAAAGUUUGAGAUUCUACUUAAGGGUUAAAAGUGGAGGAGAUAACCAAGAUCCCUAUCCAUAAGUGUUGUCCGCCAUUUUCUGUAAUCAUCUUGUUAAAGAGUAACAAUGAAAUUACUCUACUGUGUGAUAGUUGAUUUAUUUCAGUAUUUGUUUCAUUUUCUUUGUGUAAUUUUGGUGUAAUCAAGAAAAAAAAAUGGAGAUAAUAAGAGUAUCCUGUUUUGAAUCC